AUGGAAUUACUCCCAGAAGGACAAAAGAAUUCUAUACAAGUUUUAUGGGAAGAUCAACAAAAGAUCAAUAGAUUUAGUUCUUUGAUCAAUGCCAAAGAUGAAUUAAGUUCAAAAUUAGAAAAAUUGAAAACCGAAAAAGAUUAUAUCGAUGACUUAUCUCUCGAGUUAGAGUUGGUCGAUGAAGAUGAAAAAAUCCAAUAUAAGUUCGGUGAUGGAUUCAUCUUCUUGAAAGCUGAACAAGUAUUGGAAAAGAUUGAUAAAACCAAUACAGACUUAACAUCAAAGAUCGAAGAUGCAGAAUCAAAAAUUGAUGAUUUGAACGAUCAAUUAAAUGAGUUGAAGACUGAUUUGUAUGCCAAGUUUGGGAAGAAUAUCAAUCUCGAACGUUAG